AUGAACAAUUUUCUGAUAAUCCAGAACGAGUUAACUUUAAAAGAAUUCCAAGAAUUUGCAACUUUUUAUUCAAACGUUUUACUUUGUUCAAGACUUUGUUUAAGAAUUUUAGAUACUUUUUGUAGCUUCAUGUUCAUGCAACUCAACAUACAUCAAAGUUUCAAUCAAUGGAGGUUUUCGUGUAACGACGUUGACAAAAAAAAAGUUUUCAGAAUUUCUUAUGGCUUUUCAGAAGAGAAUAUCUUUUUUCAAGCAAUUAAAGUUCAAUUUUCAUUAAGACUUCUAUUUAGAUAUCUCUGUUUGAUUCGUUAUAGAGGAAACAUGAGAGGCAGCAAAAACAUGCUCGAGUCUACUUAA